AUGCUCAACCUCUUCCGCCGCAACCGCUCCUCCCUAGUCGCCACGUUCAAGCGUCCAAUAUCAAGAGCUGGUGUUUGGGGCAAGUCCCAAACGCCCUCUCCCCUUGCGAGACAAGAUUUACGCGGCCGUAUCCUUGAGCCUCGCUUCUUCUCGUCCAACGCAGCCUCCGAGGAAACAGCUCCCCCACUGGCCCCUCCGAUGGUGGGCCACUGGUUGUUAUUAUCCUCGACGCUCGUUUUUGCCGUCAUCGUCGUAGGAGGCGUUACGCGGCUCACCGAGUCUGGUCUAAGCAUCACGGAAUGGCGUCCAAUCACUGGUAUUCUGCCCCCACUAUCCGAAGAUGCUUGGAUGGAGGAAUUCCGAAAGUACCAAGCUACCCCGGAAUUCAAGAUGCUCAAUCAUAAUAUCUCACUGGAGGAGUUCAAGAGCAUCUUCUACAUGGAAUGGGGUCACCGAGUUUUGGGACGGGUGAUUGGUAUCACCUUCGUCCUUCCGUUCGCCUACUUCGGUCUCCGAAAGAAACUUCCUGCCCGACUCGUGGGCCGCUUGACGUUCCUCGGGGCGCUCAUCGGCGUGCAGGGUAUCAUAGGUUGGUACAUGGUCAAGUCCGGGCUUGAAGAAUCGAUCAUGCAUACUCCCGGCGCCGUACCCAGAGUAUCGCAAUACCGACUGGCAGCGCACCUUGGGACAGCAUUCCUGUUGUACGCGGCGAUGUUUUACGAGGGUUUGGCCAUUUUGUUGGAUUCUCGAUAUGCGCAUGGCGGUCCAUGGAGUGGAACGAAAGAAUCAUGGAGACGCGUACUCGAAAACCCUCUGGUCAAGCAUUUCAAGCUCGGCGCAAUAGGUUUGACUUGCCUUGUGUUCCUGACUGCACUCUCUGGUGCUUUCGUCGCUGGCCUCGAUGCUGGACUGGUGUACAAUGAAUUCCCUAUGAUGGGCAAUCAUAUUGUACCACCGACAGAUGAGCUGUUUGAUCCCGCAUACGCAAAAUCUCCAGACCUCUCUGAUCUGUGGUGGCGGAAUCUCCUGGAAAAUCCGACAACAGUGCAGUUUGAUCAUCGCGUGCUUGCUAUGACGACCUAUGUAUGCACUGGUAUUCUGUUCGCCACGACACGCAGUCCGUCGUUGCGUAAAGCCUUACCGCCGGCUACUCGGCGAAUGGCAUCCGUUGCGUUUGGCAUGGCGAACAUUCAGGUCCUGCUUGGCAUCUCUACGUUGCUCUACUUGGUCCCCGUCCCGCUGGCCGCAGCCCAUCAAGCGGGCAGUGUUGCCUUGUUGACGACAGUAGUGCAUACACUCCUGACGCUGAGAAAGCCUGGACGUUCGGCCCAUUUUUGGAGACAAGUCUGGGAGAAGGGACAAGCAGGGUCCAAAGCUCGCUAA